AUGUAUAAAAUAAAACCCGAAGAUUACGCUUCAUUGGCCAACAAUUCGGACGAAAUUAAUUUAAAAUUAAUUCAAUUGAUUACUAAUGAAAAAUGUUCAUACGAUCUGAUUGUUGACCUGGGCUUCGGUGACGGCAGAGUUACCCGAAUGUUGUCCGAAAACAUUAGUCACAAACAAUUGGUGGCCAUCGAUGUCGUACCCGAAAUGUUAGCCUACGCUGUGGCCAACAGUUCAGACGAUACCUCUAUUGAGUAUGUCUUACAAGAUAUGAGUGUCCCGUGGCUUGAGUUGAGUCCACGUAUCAGACAAUUGGAGUCAAAAGUGGAUCUACUGUUCACUAACUUAACCUUAAACUAUAUGUCAAAUAAAAGGCAAAUAAUAGAAAUCAUUGGACGGUUGUUGUCAAGCGAUGGACUGUUUUUUGCAAAUAUUAUACUAUCAGAUGACUUGAAUGAUAAACAACUGUUGAACAGUCAGACUGAAGAUCGACAACAACAACAACAACAACGACAGCAACUGUUAUAUCAUUCAAUUGAUAGACAAUUAAAUGAUUGGAAACAAUGUUUAGUCGACAAUGGAUUUGAUAUUAAAUUAUUCAAACAAUUGACUAUCAAUGAAAUAAUGACUCGCAAACACAUUAUAGAUAUGAUGCCCGAUAUAUUUAACACCUACGCUAUCUAUUACAAUGAUCGUAAACAAUUUGACACUGAGGUCAAAGUUGACGACCACUUUAUGGAUAAGGUAUUUAAUGCCUAUUUUAGUUUACCAGACAAAUCGGUGUCCGCGUCGGCAUCGGUAACGGUGGCCAACCAUCCGAUGUUGUUGUCGUGGAAACAAUUUUUUAAAGACAAUACUAUCCAUGAAUUGAUGCAUUCAUUUCAAUACUUGCAACUAAUGGCUUAUAAGAAAUAUAACAAAUAAUUUUAUAAUACAAAUGAAAACAAAUUGUCAAAAAUUAUUAUUAAAAAUAUUACCCUACCUCUCAUCACCCC